GGUAUCGUCGAUGGAUUUGUGUCGACCGCCGGACGGAUCCGAUGCCCUUUUUACCUACGCUUCCAUGGCGGCCACCGCAUCGGAGCAUCCGCGUCGUCUUCUCCGUGGCUUCGUCUCCCCUGAGCUCUGUAAGGAAUUGGAGUUCAUACAUCGGAGCUGCGGCACCGUGGGCUACAGGCCCAGCGUCUUCUCCACCACGCUCCCCCACCUGGCCGCCACCAACUGCGCUCACCUCAUCAUCCCCUUCCUCCCCCUUCGCGACCGCCUCAAGGACACGGUCGAGGAUCUCUUCGGAUGCGAGUUCGAGCUCUUCGUCGAGUUCACCGGCCUCAUCAGUUGGUGCAAGGGAGCAUGUAUCGGAUGGCACAGUGAUGAUAAUAAGCCUUAUCUAAGACAAAGGGACUUUGCGGCAGUCUGCUACUUGAACAGCCAUGAAAAAGAUUUUAAUGGUGGACUUUUUCAUUUUAAAGAUGGGGAACCUUCGUCAAUUGCACCCACUGCUGGAGAUGUUGUGGUCUACACAGCUGAUGAACGCAAUGUUCAUUCUGUAGAUGAGGUAAUCGAUGGUGAAAGACUGACCUUAACUCUUUGGUUCACACGUGACAGUGCACAUGACGAGGACGCAAAGCUUAUCAAUCUUCUCUCUCAAAGACUACUAGUUGAACAUAUUGAACCCAAACCUUUCUUGCCUUUGCCAGCAUCAAGUUGUAUGUAUUGGUUGGCCCAGGAGAAGUCUGGAUUUGAUGUACGCUGUGCUAGAGUGAGCAUCCUUGGUUACGACUUCUGUCCAUCCGAAGGCAAAUGUAGCAUGAAUGAUUCACCAUGCGAUCCUCUCGAGCUGCUUGAUGGGAGAUUGUAUCUUGGUAGGGGUGACGAAGUUCUUGACAAAGAAUUUGUCAACAGUCUGCAUGCCUUGCAGGUUGUCCAAUUCUGUGGCUGGAAAGCCGCUGAAUUAGCAACAGAAAGAGAAGUACAUCGUGCAGGAUCGACCAGACCAACUGUUCUCAAGAGAUCAAACAACUUGGAGCUGUUGGUGCCAUGUGAUUACAAACUUGGGGAGGCAAUUUUAGGUGGCAUAUCACGUCAUGACCCAAAACCUUCAUUCAGCUGGGAUGACUUGGUGCGCGGAAUUGCUAGGUGGGAAGAAUACAUGUCUGAAUUGCAUAGAAAAUUGUUGAUUCUUAUUCCAUACUGGUUAUCGAAUCAUACUCUCUCCUUUGUUGAUGCUACUGAGCUUCUAUGACGAGACCAAUAAAGCCGAUAAAGGAGGUUGUGAUAUGAAAUGCUAGAUGCAUUUCCACUGCAAAAUUUUGGAUACUUCACAUCAAUGGUUACACAUCUCCCCGGGCAAAAAUGAGAUGCACUGUUCUGAGCAAAAUCUUGAUCUAAAUGGGGUUGGCUCUUCUCGUAUUUUCAUA